AACAACACGUGAGCGGAGCUGCUGCGGAGACGCGAUGUUCUCCUCGUUAAAAGAGCGGACCGGGGAGGUUCUGCUCCCGGGGGACGAGUUCUGCUUCGAGGCCGACGACACCAUCUCCCUGGCGGGCCCCGCCAAACCCGACAAGGUGGUCUGCGGACCGGGCCUGAGGCGCAGCGGCGACCGGCUGCUGGUGUGCAAGAGCGGCGUGCUGCGACACAAGCCGCCCAACGUGUUCUGGCUGGACUCGCAGCAGAGGAGGUACGUCCCGGCCAGAGGGGAGACCGUCAUCGGCAUCGUGACCCUGAAGUCUGGAGACGUCUUCAAGGUGGACUUCGGAGGCAGUGAGCAGGCGUCUCUGUCCUACCUGGCCUUCGAGGGCUCCACCAAGAGGAACCGGCCCAACGUCCAGGUGGGGGACCUGGUGUUCUCCCAGUUCCUCUUAGCCAAUCAGGACAUGGAGCCGGAGCUGGUGUGUGUGGACGGCUCCGGGCGAGCCAAUGGGAUGGGCGUGUUCGGCGCCGGCGGGCUGCUCUUCACCGUCUCUCUGGGGCUCGUCAGGAGGCUGCUGGCCCCCCACAGCGAGGUCCUGGCCGACCUGCAGCAGCUGGUCCCGUGUGAGCUGGUGAUCGGGAUGAACGGCCGGCUGUGGGCCAAGGCGGCCGGCGCCCAGCAGACCCUCAUCGUCUGCAACCUGCUGCAGAGCGCCGACACCAUGACGGCGCCGCAGAGACGGGCGCUGUUCAGGAGGGUGGCCCAGGGGGCGCUGUAGACCACGUGGGACCUUAUGGACACCUUCACCUGGUCUCGUCAGAGCCCCAGAAGAGUGGUGAUGACGAUGAUGAUGAAGAGUUCCUUUCGAACGUUUAAUGUAAAGUUUAUUUUGGGUCUGAAGGUUCCGACUAGAACUUUUUAUUUUUUUCCUUUUUUUAAGUCCGGGAUCUCUGAUCAAAGAUCCUCGUGCGCGACAGACCUCCACUACUUCCCUUGUUUGAGACCAAAUGAUGAAUAAAACAUUAAAACAA